GGGGGGAGGAGGAGAGAGACGAAAAGAGAGAGAGAGGGGGCUAGUAGAUGUAGCUCUAGCUGUGGGCCGGGGGGUGAGCUACCCAGCCCGGGCUGCUCUGCCGAAACAUCCAUGGGUGGCUGUGUCGGGAGCCACCACGACUCCUCGGGCAGCUUAAACGAGAACUCGGACGGAACUGGAGUGGCUCUAGGGCGUAACCAGCCCCUGAAGAGAGAGCGGCCUAAAUGGAAAAGUGACUACCCGAUGACUGAAGGCCAGCUGCGCAGCAAGAGAGAUGAGUUCUGGGAUACAGCGCCAGCAUUUGAGGGCCGGAAGGAGAUCUGGGAUGCGCUGCGGGCUGCGGCCAGUGCCUUUGAGAGCAAUGACCACCUGCUGGCUCAGGCCAUCCUCGACGGGGCCAGCAUCACACUGCCGCACGGAGCUCUGACUGAAUGUUACGAUGAACUGGGGAAUCGAUACCAGCUGCCAGUCUACUGCCUCUCUCCUCCCGUCAACAUGAUUGAAGAGCGCUCUGAUGAGCCUGACGGUUCAGAUCCAGACUCCGGGGCCGCAGACCCGUCCACAGGCAGCGGCUGCGACCCUGGCUCAGGAGGGGAGUGCCAGCUUCGGCUGCGGCUCUCCACGGGUCGUGACCUCCGGCUGGCGGUCCGUUCCACAGACACAGUGGGCAUGAUGAAGCGUCGUCUGCAAAGUCAGGAGGGCGUGCCUGCCGCAACCCAACGCUGGUUUUUCUCAGGUCGGCCACUGACAGACAGGCUGCGCUUGGACCAACUCAACAUCUCCAGGGACUAUGUAGUGCAAGUCAUCCUCAGCCAGCCGCCACCGCCAGAGCCGGUAUCUACACCAGGACAUACACCAGAGGCCUUUGGGCCAGUUGCAGUGGAAGGAGUGGCUGCACUGCCGCAAGAGCCCACACCGGUGGAGAAUUAACUGCGCCCCCAACCUGGCAGCCUGGAGGUGGGCAUACCAGUGGGCUGGCAGUAUAAAAGAAGGACGAUAACAAGGGAGAAAAAAAGAAUGAAAGUUGAUUCUGUCUUUUCUCUUUUGGUUUGUUCUCUUCUCUUCUCAGUUGUUUUUUGAAGGGCUUUGUUUGGGCAGGGGUUGGCUUGUUCUGCCAGAGAAAAAGGACUCGUGAAUUGAGAAAAGACUCUUCCCUUUGGUUUUACACGUUGAAAUUUUGACCUUUUUGAAGUCUUUUUAACUGUUCCUAUGGAAACCAAACAACAAAACGAGAACUUUGUCGGACGGCUUAAAGGUUUUUCUUUGCAACACUGCUGUUCGAAUGUUUCUGUGUUUCAGUUUCCAUUUUCAGGUUCUGCUCUCUGGCAACGUUGGGUCAGCAGAAAUCUGUUUGUAAGGCUACAGGGUUUUAUAUAUAUAUAUAUAUAUAUAUAUAUAUAUAUAUGUAUGUGUGUGUGUGUAUAUAUAUAUAUAUAUAUUUACAUUUUCAUUACAAACAUUUUCCACUCUGACAAUUCAGAUAGAAAUGAAUAAAGAUAGUUAAAAGGACCAGCGUGUAAGAUUUAGUGGCAUCAAGCGGUGAGGUUUCAGAUCACCAACUGAGUACCCCUCCCCUUCCCCUCGACUUCCAAGCAUGUAGGAGAACUUAUGGUGGCCACGAAACUCGUGAAAGGCCCUAUAGAGGGUUCAUUCUAAGCUAACAAAAACGCCACGAUUCUUAUUUUCAUUGGAUUAUACACAAAUUAAAACAGACUUCUGAAUAUUUUAUUCCAUUUCUGCCAAGUCUGUCCCGCUAGAUGCCAUUAAAUCUUACACACUGCACCUUUAACACUCUAAUGACAGUUAUUCAGGCAGUUGUCUUUAAUUAUAUGUGAAUGAAUCAAAUCAAAAACCCCUCAUCACUUGUGGAUUAAGUCAGUAUGCCAACAGCUGUAAAGAAAGGUUGGUAUUUCUAGUUAGCAAACAGAUGUGUCCUCCCUCCUGUCAAGAGUUUGCAGUCAGGGCACAUGACUGGAUGUCGCUGGAUUAGACACUUUAUUUCACUCUGCUUCACAGAACAAUCAGAGCAAUCAUUUAAUAAACAUUAAGUAGUCA